CAGAGUGUGAGGGUGUGAAUGUGUGAGCGCUGUGUCUGGAGGUUAUAUGUGGGUGGAAAGUUGGUGUUUGAGAGCUGAGGGUGUUCUUUCCCUUUUCAAACCAACCUCUGUUCCUCAAGCUGGUUGCAUACUGACAUCACUGGAGUUUCCCCUAUCUUUAGUAUAUAUCCACAUACACUGUAUGGCGAGUAGACAACUUCAGUUCAAAAGCUUGCACAAAAAGGAACACAUCUCAGAGAACUAACAGCAUGGUGAAAUACGAAACGACAUUAGUAGAUCUGGAAGCCAGCGCAGGGGGAGUUUAUCAGACAACGGUGGCAUCUUUACCAGUAAAGUCCUCCAGCAGCUGGAUAUGGAAGACAGUCGCUGCUAUCACUUUUGUCACCCUCUGUGCUGUGGCAGCUGCUUUCUUCGCCUGGCAUGUGAUGAAACUGAACCAAAGAGAACUUCACGUGUUUUCAGACAAACAAAUCAGCACACCAUCAGAGCAAGGAAAAAUGCUAAAGCAGAUCGCUGAGAGAACAAAAGCCGCCAUUCAUUUACAUGGUGAGCAUAACAGCAACUCACAGUCGGAUUCACUGCAGUGGGUCAGCGGCGUGGAUCAGUCGUUCGAACAGGGUGGCCUCAAGCUGGUCGGCAACGAGAUUCACAUUCCCGCCGACGGCCUUUACUUUGUGUACAGCCAAGUGUCCUAUGCCACACAGUGCAAUUUGGACGAAGCCAAUGAAGAUGAUGCCGCUCAGAAGUUCCUUAGCCACAGCAUCUGGCGUUAUACAGAUGCGGUGGAAGACUGGAAGCCUCUGCAGAAUUCGGCCCACUCCAUAUGCCAAUCACUUGAGGACGGGAAGACCACAUACAGCACCAUCUAUCUCGGCGCCGUCUUUAAGCUCAUGGAGGGAGAUAAGCUGUCGACCAAAACCACCUAUGUGGCCGACAUCGAGGAAGACUAUGCCAAAACAUUCUUUGGAGUGUUUGCCUUGUGAUUUAUUAGCCACAUGAGUUGUGUGGCACGGUAUGAAGACAAGUGUUUUACGUUAAAACUUCCAAAGUAUAUUCUCAGGGCAUUUGCUUUAAAGUAGUUUGUCUAAUGCCGAGUCCUUAUUGCAUCGUGACAUAAUAUUUUGGUUCUAAAUCACACCAGAUGCAGUGAGAGCCACGCGCUGAAUACUAUGUAUUUAGGCAUGAGCACUAUACCAAGGGCACUACAACUCGUAUACUUAUUUUAAGCUAAUAUGAUGUUUAUUACCUUACGUAUUUCGUUGUAGAAAUAAGAAAUGUUGAUGUUCGAAAGAACAAUGUUUUUUGUGGUAUAGAGAUUUAUUUAUAACUUUUGA